AUGGAUGCUAAUUCUUCAAAUGCUUCUGUGAAUCCGCCCACCACCACCACUCCUACUACUAAUACGAGAUCAGAUGCCAAUACAACUAGUGUAAGUGCAAAUAAAGAUAUGGCAUGGGAAUGGGGAGUUCAAAAGGAUCCAUUAAAAAAACAAAAUAUUUGGUGCACCUUGUGUGACAAGAGAGUAUGUGGAGGGAUCACAAGGUUAAAAGAACACCUCACUCAUACAGGAGGAAAUGUAGCUACUUGCCCUAAUGUGACUACGGAGAUCACUAAGAAAGUGCUUGAAUCAAUGAAAGAAAAAGAUAAGAAAAAAAAGGAAAGACAAAGAACAAUAGAAAUACUUAGAUCAACAAGUUGUAUAGACCUUUCUGAAAAUGAUGAUGAGCAAGACGAUACCCCACAGCCACAAGUUAAAAAAAGAAAGUUUGUAAGUUCUAGUAAUGUACGGGGUCCUAUUGAUGAUGUUUAUAAGCCGGACCAUGGAAAAGGAAAGCAAACUACAUUGGAUAAGAAUAAUCCAAUUAAAGAGAAGUUGAAGAAGGUAGCUUGGAAAAAGAUUGCGGUUUGGGCUUAUUCGAUAGGCUUACCUUUCAAUGUCGUACGUGAUGAAGGUUUCCAAGAUGCGAUCAAUUCCAUUGGAGAAUAUGGAAGAGGCAUGCCGGCUCCAAGUUAUCAUAAUAUGCGGGUGACAUUGUUAAAGGACGUGUUAGAAGAUACCCACAAGUUUGUGGAUUCGUUUCGACCACAAUGGAAGAAAUUUGGAUGUAGCAUUAUGUCUGAUUUUUGGAUAGAUGUUUUUCUAAAGUCGAUUGAUGCAUCAGAGCAUAUACAUAAUGCUGAAUAUAUUGUGAAGAAGGUAAAUGAGGUGAUAGCAGAAGUUGGAGAGGAAAACGUUGUGCAUUUUAUUACAGACAACGGUUCAAACUACAAAGCUGCAGGAAAGAUUUUGGAAGAACAACAUCCAAAAUUAUUUUGGACUCCAUGUGCAGCACACUGUGUGAAUCUCAUUGUACAAGAUAUUGGGAAGAAAGAAGCAACAAUCGCGACCGCUUUGAAUGAAGCAAGAGCUAUUGUGGUUUAUAUUUAUAACCAUGGACGGAUUCUCAAUAUGAUGAGAAAGUUGACAAAGAAUAGAGAGUUGCACAGGUCUUGUGUAACUAGAUUUGCUACCCAAUUUUACACCUUACAGAGUGUCCAUGAUAAUCGACACCAUCUCCAAGUUUUGUUUGUAUCUGAGCAAUGGAGAAAAAGUGACUUUGCAAAGAAAGCUCCUGGAAAGAGAAUUGAGAAGAUAGUAUCAAAGCAAUCUUUUUGGGAUGGUGUAUAUUUAGCUUGCCAAAUAUAUGCUCCAUUGGUAGAUAUUGUUCGUUUGGUUGACACAGAAGAAAGACCGUGCAUGGGGUACAUCUAUGAUGUGAUGAGUCGAGCACAAGAUCAAAUAAGCAAAAAUCUAAAUGAUGGGAAUAAUGACAAAAAAGGACUGGCAGCUGGGUGUUUCCUUAAUCCUGCAAUUUUUCAUGGAGAUAAGUCAAAGGAAUAUGAGGCCAAUAAACAGAUUAUGACCGGACUUUAUGUUGCUAUUGACCGUCUGGUUCCCGAUGAAGAUGAAAAUGAUACUUUGAGACAAGAAUUGAAUCUCUACAUUGAUUUAAGUGGACAAUUUGGAUCCCCAGCUGCUAAAAGGAGUAUGACAAAAGUUGCACCGUAUAUAUGGUGGCGUUCUUAUGGGAUAGAUACACCUAUCUUACGAAAGUUUGCUAUCACGGUUCUUAGUCAAACUUGUAGUGCUUCACCUUGUGAACGAAAUUGGAGUACAUUUGACAAUCUACAUUCUAAGAAAAGAAAUUGUCUUUUGCAACAAAAACUAAAUGAACUUGUAUUCAUCCAAUACAACACAAGGUUGCAAAAGCGCAUCAUGUCUUUACAAAACAAAUCUUUGGAUCCUAUUUUGCUACGAGAUGUUAAGGAGAAUGAUGAUUGGACAAUACCAACGGAAGAUGAACUUCAAGACUUUGUGGAUGGUGGUGAUGACCUUCUUUUUGUUCAGAUGUGCAAGAAGCAAUGGGAGCGAAUGUAG